GUCAAAUUUUUGCAUUAUAUCAUCAUGACAAAGAAGAAACUAUCCGAAAAAUACAAACAGAAACUAUCAAAACAUCCUAUACCUAAAUCAAAUAAUCCACAAGGAAUAACUGUUGUUAGUGAAUUUGUUCGACAAUUUGUUCGACGUCAUGUUAAUGAAAAUCAACGUAAUCAAUCUGAUUUAUAUUGGCGUCCAGGUUCUAAUAUUAGUCAUAAUAUAAAUUUAUUACCACAAUCAACAAAAAUUCAUCGAUUAAAACAGAAACAAACGUCUAUGACAAAUGAUAACCCUAUCAAAAUAAAUCAUUCUAAUAUAAAGAAAAAAUCUUUCAAUAAAUCAAUAAUCAAUCAAAAACCAUCGAUUAUAUCAAUGAAUUUAUCUAAUCAAUUACAUAAUUUAUGGAAUGGUUAUUUUCAAUCUGUUAUGUCUAUUCUUCCUACUAAAUUAAAUGAUCAUAAUUGUAGUAAUUUUAAUUUAACAAAAAAUUUAGAUACAAUAUUACGUUUGAAUUUAAUUGGUGCUCAACUUAAAAUUCUACGUUCCACAUCAUGUCGAGCUGGUAUAGAAGGUAUUGUAGUAAUGGAAACAAAGAAUACAUUUUGUUUAGCAAUAAAUUCAUUACAUAAUGAAUUAUCAAGUGAAUCAUUAGUAACUCUUACUACUGUUCCAAAAUUAGGUUCAUUAUUUUCACUCACUUUACCUCAUAUUGUUAAUAAAUCAAAUAAUAAUCAUAAUAAACAUCAAAAAAUUGAAAUUUUACUUAAUGGUGAUCAUUUAACACAUCGAGCAGUUGAUCGAGCUAUACGUAAAUGGAGAUAUAUACCAACAACAGCAUAUGAAUAUAAUCAAAAUGCAUUAACAACUGAAGCUAUUUUAUCAAAUGUACUCAUUGAUAAUGUAAUAAAUAGAUGAUUAUUUGAAUUGUUUUGAAUUUAUAUACAGAUAAUUUGUUGUAGUUGCUUUUCA